AUGGAGAUCACGAGCAGGACGAUGCUGCGGCCAGCCUACUCUGCGCUCGCCGGGGAGAAGAUGCCGCUGACAGUGUUCGACCGCGUCGCCAUCGACAUCUUCAUCCCCACCGUGCUCGCGUACGCAGCGCCGGCGCCGUCCAACGAAGCGCUCAGGGAGGGCCUCCUCAGGGCCGUCGCACUGUACCCUCACCUGGCCGGCCGCCUGGCCGUCGACCACCAGGGCCGGCGGUUCAUCCACCUCAACAACGAGGGCGUCCUUGUCGUAGAGGCCACCCUCCCGGUCGACCUGUCGGAGGUGCUCGUCGGCGGCCGCAUGGCCGCCGGCGUCGACGAAUCGUACCCUACAAUACCGGAGGAGAACAUCGGGGUAGCGCUGCUGCAGAUCCAGCUGAACCGUUACAAGUGCGGCGGUGUGGUGAUCGGCAUAAUCUCCCACCACCACGCGGCCGACGGCCACUCCGUUAGCACCUUCUUGACCACGUGGGCGAGCGCGGUGCGCGAUGGCAAGGACUUCGUCGCGCCGUCACCUUUCCUCGACCGCGCGGCAACCGCGGUGCCUCGCAGCACGCCGGCGCCGGAGUUCGACCACCGGUCAAUCGAGUUCAUGGAUGCACAUGACAAGAAACCCGUCGUCCCCAUGAGCAGAAUCAGGAACCUCGCAGUUCAUUUCACGGACGACUUCGUAGCUGACCUCAAAGCCCGCGUCGGCUCCCGCUGCAGCACGUUCCAGUGCCUGCUCGCGCACGUGUGGAAGAAGAUGACGGCGGCGCGGGACCUGAACCCGGAGGAGUUCACCAAGGUGAGGGUGGCCGUGAACUGCAGGGGCAGGGCCGAUCCCCCCAUUCCGAUGGACUUCUCCGGGAACAUGGUGUUGUGGGCGUUCCCGAGGCUUCAGGUUCGGGACGUUCUGAGCUGGAGCUACGGCGGCGUCGUCGGCGCCAUCCGCGAUGCCGUGUCGCGCAUCGACGACGAGUACGUGCAGUCGUUUGUCGACUUCGGCAAUGUGGCGGACGCCAACGGAGAGGAGCUCGUCGCGACGGCGGCUGAUCCCGGCACCAUGCUGUGCGCGGACAUGGAGGUGGACAGCUGGCUGGGGUUCAAGUUCCACCAAAUAGACCUUGGCACCGGGCCGCCGUCCGCGUUCCUGCCGCCGGACUUGCCGGUGGAGGGGCUCAUGAUCUUCGUGCCGUCGUGCAAGGCCAAGGGCGGCGUCGACCUGUUCCUGGCCGUCGCAGAGGAGCACGUCGAGGCGUUCGAGCAGAUCUGCUACUCACUGGAAUGAUCGACAGAGAUACGGACAUGGCCCCAUGCAUGUCGUCGCUUUGUCCGCAUGGAUAUGCAUGCGAUAAACAGUGUCA